CUCGGCCGCGUUGCAGGCGCGGGGACCGGCGCGCGUCCGCGAUCGAUGGCUUCGACGACCCCCCCUACGCGCUGCGAGGGUCCUGGCCAUGGCGCCAAGACAUGGAAUCGUAGCCCGUCGUCGCCGCUACCUGCAUGUCCCCACGACCAUGAAGCGUGCGUCGUGCUCGUCGCGUCCGGAGCGUGUGUGCGCAGGCGGCGCGACGGGCGGCGACCGCCCAUACUGUGGCCGAGUCAUGACCGGGUGGGCGCCAAUCGUUGCGCUUUCGUGUAGGGGCGGGGGUGGACCCCCUAGGGUUUGGGGUCGGAAAGCAGCGUCUUUGUAGUGUUUUUUCUAUGGGUCCGGGGGGAGGCCCGUGUUGUAUUCAAAAUGGGAGGUCCGCCCGCGACGUUUUGGGUUUUCGGGGUGGUUUUGUCGGGAACGUUCAUUUUCGUAUUUGUUUGUUCCAUGUAUUAGGCCGCCAUGGACGACGACCGACGCAUGAGCUUGCCGACGGCCGACGCAGGCCCCGGCGAGACGAUGAACACAACGAGCAUGGCGACGACGACAACCAUGGAGGACGACCGGCCUGGAAGCAUCCCGCUCACGUCGAGCACGAUGGCGCUGUCCCGGCAGCUGCUGCCGACCGAGGUGUGCACGCUUUGCCCCGUCCUCAUUGGCACGUACACGGUCGACGAGAACGGCACCGCGCUCUGGACGGGCCGCUGGGCGAUGCUCGAGGCCGAGUAUGCGAAUGGCAUCACGUCGCUCUUUGAGAUGAAGUCGAAGAAGGGCCAUGGUGCGACCUUGGACGGCCACGGCGACAACGUGACGGACGAAGACGAGAACCGCGCUUCGCCGUCGCCGGCCGACGAUGCGCCGCCGAAAGAUACGGUCGUCAUGGAGCGGUCGUUCGAUGGUUUCUUCCAGAUCCAGACGUUGAAGGGCAAGCCCAACACGGUGCCCGAGAAGGACGUCGUGCUCUCGUUUUACAAGUGCGACGUCGACCACGCGUACCUCGUGCGCGGCAACGGCGAGAACCGGUUCGGCGCCUUUACGCUGCAAGGGGUGCUCGAUGACGCGACCAAGGUCAUGCGCCUCUACAAGGCCUACAAGCCGAAAGACAAGACGCCGGUCGCCAAGCGCACGCGCCCCAAGCCCGCGCCCGCGUCCGCCACGAAGGCACCGGCGUUGAAAAAGCAGAAGAAGGCGCUACCCGGCUCGACGCCCAUGUCCGAGUACAACUCGUCGGCGCCCGGCACGCCGGACGUUGAAGUCACGCACGUCAUUGUGCCCCACACGAAGCUCUCGUCGGUCAUUUCGAUCUCGUCGGGCAACUCGUCGCCUCUCAUCUCGUCACGGAAUCGGUCGGAGCGCAAGCGCGUGAUCCCCGCCCACUUGCGCGAAGAUGCCGGCGUCGACCGCGACCGCGCGCCAAUCAUGCGCAAGUGCCUCGGGACGCUGAAGACGCUCAUGGGCAACCCGAAGGCGCUGCCCUUUCUCGUGCCUGUUGACCCCGUCGCGCUCGGGAUCCCCGACUACUUCAACGUGAUCAAAGACCCGAUGGACCUUGGCACGAUCCGGUCCAACUUUGAGUACGGCGUGUACGCCGAGCCCGAGUACUUUGCGAGCCACGUCCGGCUCGUCUUUACGAACGCGAUGCUGUACAACGCGCCGCACACGCAGGUGUACGUCUUUGCGCACAAGCUGCUCGACGACUUUGAAAAAAAGUACAAGAGCCUCCUCAAGAACGAGUCGGCGGCCGCCAAGUCGCGCAAGCACGGCAACACGUCGGACGGCGAGGGCUCGGUCGACAGCAACCGCGCGAAAAAGUCCAAGCGCGCGUCGCUCACCAAGAACCAAGAGAUCCAGUCGCUCAAGCAAGAGAUUGAGAAGAUGAAGGUGAUUGUGCAAGAGAUGGCGUCGGGCAAGGGUACGCCGCCGCUCGGCACGCCGAUUGGUGGCAACCCGAUCAAGUCGACGAAACCUCGACCGUUCAAGAUGCAAGACAUGACGGAAGAGUACCUCUCGCGACCCAUGACGGCGACCGAGAAGCACAAGCUCACGGCCGACCUCAAGGAGCUCCCGGAAGACAAGCUCUCGCGCGUGCUGCAGAUCAUCUCGGAGACGGUGCCGCUGCAUACGAUCACGCAGGGCGACGACGAGGUCGAGCUCGACAUCAACAUGUUUGACACGCGCUGCCUCCGCAUGAUUGAAGGCUACGUCCGGGAGCAAAACAUUGCCAAGAAGCGCAAGCGCCCUGCCAAGCGACCCAGCGUCAAGGGUGCCUCGGAGAGCCGCCUGCAGUACGCCAAGGAAGUCGCCGAGUCGGUCAAGUCGCGCCACGAGCAACUCAAGAGCCAGCUCGCUGCCAUUGAGGGCGAGACGUAUGUGCCGCCGCAAGAAGUUGUUGCGGCCGCCGCGCCGGUGCCGGUCCCGACGAUUGAACACAGCUCGUCGGGCAGCUCGUCGGACAGCUCGAGCUCGUCGGACGACGAUUCGGACAGCAGCGACUCGGACACGGAGCGGCCUUUGCAAAAGGUCUCUAGCUACCACUUCUAGAUGCGCGUGGGCCUCCUGGAUGAUUCAUCUGUUGUGUGGUUAGUCGCCUCCACUUGUUAAUCUGUGUGUGCAGUGGAGGGCGAUACCGAGCCAUUGAAGGUCGAGAACCACUGCGCGUGGACCAAGCUGGCCUCGAUGGACGCGGCGGGGCCGAUGCCGAUCCAGUCGAACGAGCACGCGUCGAGCUCGCUCUGGCUCAAGGCCCAAGCCGAAGAACAACAGAAGCUCCAGAAGGAACAGCGCAAGGACUCGCAGUCGUUUGCCGACGACAUGGCGCAACAGAAACAAAAGGAGAUGGAAGCACGCAUGAGAGAGAUGGAACGGGAACGGGAAGAAGCAGAGCGGAAGAAGGCCGACGAAGCGGCGGCCGAGAUUGCAGCGCGGGAAGCGCGGCUGCGGGAGCAAGAGAAGGCGCUGGCGAGCCAGCGGGCACAGGAGAGGGAGAAGCUGAAGCGGGACAUUGUGGUCGAUCUCGCACCGGACACGCAAUUCCGCGAAGACGUGGAGCUGUUUGGGACGGCCUCCUUCUUUCGACCUAGUAGUUAGAGCACCACCAUUAUUUAACACCCUCGACCACCACCACAAGUUGUCUAUUACGCUUUACUUC